UCAAAGGAAACCAGUGGGCUCAAGAAACUCUCUACCUUUCUCUUCUUCCCUCAGAUUCCUUCCUAUAAGCUUGCGUUUCUUGAUUCUUGAUCAUGAUACUAAGCAAGAAACAUCAUCUAAUGAUCCGAAAGUUGUCGGAGAGGUUGGUUCCGGGAAGAAGAUCUGCUACCAAACCUGAAGAUUCCUCAGCGAGUCCGAGAAGUCCAUUAGAUAUGAAAUUUCCCUCUCCGGUUAACUCGAAACGGUACAGUUCCGGUGGUAUCGGUUUAGGUAUCGUCGCUGCGUUGGAGGAAGGUAACAUUGGGAGUAACCGGUACGAUCCGGUUUGCUACUCCGGGAGAUUCCGGUCCCCUGAGAUCGAUCUGUCUGAUGAGGAAUACACUUACGUGACGAGCCCUGGUGGGCCGACCAAAGUGUAUUACAGUGACGACGGGUUUGAACUGUUUGAAAAUGGGUCGGAGUACGAUGACCGGAGAAAGCAUAAACCGUUGGUUAUCGCUAAUGAACCACCGGUUAUUAAGAGACAGAUUCUUAAAGAUUCGACCGAGUUUCUGAGCUCGUGUUGCUUGUGUAGGAAGAGACUUCAUGGCAAAGACAUAUACAUGUACAAAGGAGAGAUGGGAUUCUGCAGUGCAGAGUGCAGAUCAGUGCAGAUAAUGCAGGACGAACGAAAUGAGAAAUGUAAAUCACAAGUCUUGAGAAACGUCGACGUUUUAAGCUCUCCUUGUGCCGGCGAGCAGAGUUUCUCCGCCGGGAUAUUCAUAUUUUAG